AUGAUCGUCGAACUGCAACGCGGGCAAGCCGAGUUUCAGUGGGAGUGUGCCAACGGGCGACAGCUAUGGUCUGCGUCAGCAGCGGCGGGCUAUGGCGGAAAGACGGCGCUGCCGUCUACCUUCUGCACUGCGGGUUUUCCCUCGCUGUAUGCGGCGUUCAUAGUUUCGUUGAUCGUCGACCUGGCCUUCCAGCUGUACAUGUUUUUCUUGACGUGGCGUUACGGGAAGCUUCUGGAGGACUACGCAGGGAUGAAGGCGACGGGCAAUGGAUAUUACGCCUGA